AUGGCCGCAGAAAUACCGCCAGGCCGUCCUGGAAACUUGACCCCUGAGCAAGAGGAGAAGCUCAGACGCCUCUGGCAGCUAAUAUUCCAGGUGUGUGGGGUUGGCCAGGAGCAGAACGAUGCCGGUGCAGACAGCGCUUCAGCUGUGGCUGGUGACAAGGCGGACGGCGACGCUAAGAAGGCAAAGAAAAGCCGGAUGUCGUUCUUCUCACGCAAAGACAAGAAGGAAUCUGAGGCAAACUCAAAUUCCGCGCCCGCGAAUGCUCCCGUCGUGCUCAACCUGGGAAAAGACGGGGAGGCAGACAAGUACGGGCAAACAAAAGAUUUCUAUGAAACACUUGCCAGUCAGUCACCGGAGUCUAUCCGUAAUACUAUCUGGAGCAUGGUGAAGCACGAUCAUCCGGAUGCCCUCAUCCUUCGGUUCCUAAGAGCGCGCAAAUGGGACGUCGACAGGGCCCUAAUCAUGUUCGUGUCAACCAUGAAAUGGCGGGCCCACGAGAUGAAGGUCGAUGAGGAUAUCAUGAAAAAUGGUGAGGCUGCUGCGCUGGCAGCCGAGAAGAGCAGUGAUGCCGCGGUUCAGAAGGUUGCGCACGAUUUCAUGACGCAGCUCAGGAAGGGCAUCAGUUAUGUGCACGGCACGGACAAGCUGGGGAGGCCCCUCUGUUUUGUGAAUGUCAGGCUACACAGGCAAGGGGAGCAAGAGGAGGCGGCCAUGGAGAGAUACACCGUGUAUCUCAUCGAGACCUGCCGCAUGCUGCUCCAACCGCCUGUUGAUACGGCCACCGUUGUAUUCGACAUGACCGGGUUUUCCAUGGCGAAUAUGGAUUAUUCGCCUGUGAAGUUCAUGAUCAAGUGCUUCGAGGCCAAUUAUCCCGAGUGCCUGGGUGCGGUACUGGUGCACAAGGCCCCCUGGAUUUUCCAGGGCAUUUGGAAGGUGAUCCGAGGCUGGCUCGACCCCGUCGUCGCCAACAAGGUUCACUUCACCAACAGCGCUAAGGAAAUGGAAGAGUUCAUCAGCCUGAAGCAGAUACCUAAAGAUCUCGACGGUGAAGAGGACUGGACGUACCAAUACGUUGAACCAGCUGAGGGCGAGAACGAUAAGCUUAAUGACACCCAAACACGGGACCGGAUGCUGGCGGCCAGGGAAGAGCUGUACAAGGCAUAUGAAGACGCCACGCUCGAGUGGAUUCAGAACCCUGAGGGUGACAAGGCGACCGAGAUCAAAGCGCGGCGGAACUCGAUCGCGGCCAAGCUCCGCGACGACUACUGGAACCUUGACCCCUAUAUCCGUGCCCGUUCGUAUUAUGAUCGGACCGGUUUUCUUCAGCCUGGGGGCAAGCUCAAUUGGUAUCCUGAGGGCAAAAUCGAGACAGCGAAUGGAGUGAACGCUGCCUCCGCUGCUGCACCUGCUGCCGCACCUGUUUCUGCUAUUGUUACCUCACCAGAUGAUAUUGAUUAG